AUGCCUCUCUCCAUAUCCAAGGAAAAUCUACAAAAAUUUAAGGCAGUUAAAUCAUUUAAAGUACAGGAUAAGGAAUUGAGCCCAAUCACAUCCAUAAGCUUCGAUGAUUAUGGUCAAUAUCUUCUCACAGCAUCUGCCAGUGAUAACAUGCACUUAUAUGAUGCAGUGGGAUGUAGGUUUCUGAAUACGAUAGGGUCCAAGAAGUAUGGUUGCCAUUCUGCCAAAUUUACACAUGCUCAAAAUGAAUGUAUUUACUCAUCUACAAUGAAAAGUUUCGAUAUAAGACAUUUGAACCUAGAGACAAAUCAAUAUUUAAGGUAUUUUAUAGGACAUGAUGCUCUUGUAAGUGAUAUUGAAAUGUCACCUUUAAAUGACACCUUUUUAUCAGCGUCCUACGAUGAAUCUGUUAGACUUUGGGAUUUAAGAGUUUCAAAAGCACAGGCUAUUGUUCCAAGUGUGGUACCACAUUGCAUUGCAUAUGAUCCCAGUGGACUAGUGUUUGCAUUAGGAAAUCCAGAAAAUUUCGAAAUUGGUCUGUAUAAUGUUAGACAGUUGAAAAACGGUCCCUUUUUAACUAUGAAAGUAGAUCCAAAAUUUAGUCAAUGGAAUAAACUAGAAUUUUCCAAUGAUGGAAAAUAUUUAUUACUGGCUUCAUCUGUGGGGAAGCAUUUGAUAUUAGAUGCCUUUGAUGGAUCUCAAUUAUUUGAACUAACGGGGACAAGAGCAUUCCCUCUAAGAGAAUUUAUGGACUCAGGCUCUGCAUGUUUUACUCCAGAUGGUCAAUUUGUUCUUGGAACUGAUUAUGAAGGUAGUGUAGCAAUAUGGUCACAUAGUGAUUCCAUUAGUAAUAGAACUUUGAAACCUCAAGCUUCUAUCCCGGCAGCACCAAACUCAUGUCCCAGGACAAUUGCAUUUAAUCCAAAAUAUUCCAUGUUCGUCACCGCUGAUGAAAAUGUAGAUUUUUAUGUAUUUGAUGAAAAUUAA